UUACGGUUACGGAUUCCCCCCUCCCCGCAAAUUUCAUUUCGAGCCUCUGCUGGUGGCAAAAAGAAACUCAGCAAAGCUGAAAAGAUGAGGCUAUUGAAAGAGGAAGAAGAGCGAAGGCUGCUAGAGGAAGAGCAAGCCCGAUUACGUGCUGAGCAAGAAGAAGCUGCCAGGCUUGAAAAGGAAAGGCUAGAACGAGAGAAGACAGAACGCCUGGAGGCCAAAGAUCAAGAACGCAGAGGGAUUGAACUUACUGAACUUCAAGUUCUGGAAGAAAACUUUUUGACUGCGAACCAAUGGAAGAUGAAAUAUAGAGCUCUUGCUAAGUGGCACCAUUACACAGGCUGCGAUGGGAGUCCAGACCCAACAAUUCCUCAAGAAAUUAACACUUUCAUGAGCUUGUGGCAAGAAGAUACAAACAAUGGUAUUCAGGGUGUGUUUGAGAAAGGCAACAAGGUGCUGGAACUAAUUGAGAAGUUGGAAUUUUGCAUAAUGGACACACCUUUCCAUGAGCUCUCUGCAAAGGACGCCGCUCGGUACCAAGAAAUCAUUCAGCAACUGCAGAGCCUUCUUCAUUCCAAAUACAAUGCAGCAACAGAACAAAUGCUGAAGGAAGCUAGUAGUUACGCAGAAUCCGAAAGUGGAAACAUGGAGGUUGUCAUUAAAGAGAAGAAUGUUACAUUGUGCAUUUGGGCAAAUCUCAAGAAGGUUCCAAGGUUCCGAAACCAAAUCUUUUACGAUGAGCAGAGGGAGCCAUGCAAUGGGUUUGAGCUCCCCAAAGCGCUGGCCAUUUGUGAUGUGGCGGUGCGCAUCUUGCACACCCACUACGACCACUUAUCCCCUCCCCGGACUUUCCCCAAGGAGCCACCGAAGCUGGACAUCCCACCACUCAAAGUGAUGAAAUCCAGCUUGACAGAAACUCUCUCCAUCUCGAAAGUGAAAAGCUACGGCAGCGAGGAGGAAUCUGCAGAAAAGGUUUUUGACAAGAAUUCUAUCAUCUUGCGAUCGGUUUCCAGAGUUCACAUUUCAUCCCUGCGGAUCAUUAGCAUCAGUGAAUUCGAACCGCUUGAAGAACACGUCGUGGAUUUGCACCAGUUCAUGCCAGUGGGUGGCGUGUACCAUUUUGAUGCGCUGAAGCUCCCACCUCAAGCCAAGCACGUCAAAGGGUGGACCAUGGUGGAAGUGCUGGAUACAGGGUUGGAGAUCUACCCUUACACUGCAUCAUGUGAUGAAAAUGAGGAUCCUUAUGCCGUGACUGUUGGACUCACAGUCCAGCUUCUUGACAGUGUGAUCUAUUUUGAAGAGCCUCUGAUUGCAAGAUGGGAUUCCAAUGGCAAAUACUGGAGAACCGAUGAUAUUGGGGAAGUGGUCUACAACAUGAAAGAGAAGGAGAUCUCUUUCAAAAUGAACGGUUUUUUCAGCAUGACACUGCUACAGGAUGCUCAUCUCAACAUGCCCUACCAGUCCUGGGAACUCCAGCCCAACGGCACCAAUGAGGCCAUUUUCAGCAUCCUCACCACCUUUGCUGAGGUGCAGAUUCAGAUCAAGGUCAAUCAAUGCAUGUUAGCUGGAGUCACCACAAUGGAAGACACGGCUCUCCUUUCCGAGUUGAAAGGGAUCUGGAUGUCCCCGCUGGCCCUCAGCAUAGCUCUGAAGCGGGCUGGAAUGAACAUUUUCCCAGCUGAAUACUCUCCAAAGUAUGUCAGCAUAAACAAAAAAACCAUUCUAGCAGAAAUCACCUCUUAUCAGCAAAUGGCACUCAUUGCGUCUGCUUUUGCCUUCGGCUGGAGCAAAUGGAACUUGCAGAGCGGAGAGGAGAAUGUUGUAUUUAAGGCCUGUGAAUACCUAAUACCAGAACCAAUAACAGAUGACAUCUGGUCCCUUAUUAUGUUCAAUGGCCAGAGAGCUCAGAGGCUUCAGAUCACAGAGGACAGUGAAACCUUCUCAAAGAACAUAGCAGAAGACACAGAAUUCCACUCCACUCUGUACCACCUGAUCAAAGACAGUGGCAGCGAAGAAGCAAUGGAGAAAAUUAGACAGGCCGACUACCUUUUCAUAGAUGCAGUGUACCAACUGCUGAUUGCUACCAGGGUGCUAACAUACUCUUAGAAGGUCACGUGCUACUUAAGAACUUUAUUGAGUCGAAGACACUCCCGUCAAUAAAAUAAGAAGGUUCACCUUUCAGAUACAUUUUUUCCAAAAUAAUAAUAAUAAUAAAUACCUUAUCUAAGCUAUUUAUGGACAAGCUGUAUUCACUCCCAAAGAUUUCUUAAAACAUAUUUUGCCCAAGAUCUUAUGGUUUCAAAAGGAUGAAAAAAUUUUUUUUUAAAGUCAUUCAGAAGAUAGACUUGCUAUGUCAGAAAGCAUCAGAUUCCAUUUUGCUUUGAACUGCAUUACCAGAAACAUGUAAUGGCAAAGUCUCCAGAAACAUUAAGAUGCUAUAUCCAGAAGUUGCAUUCUUCUACUUAUGGAACCUUGGAUCAUGUCGAAGUUCAGAAGCUUGAAGUAGCCAUCCCUUUGCACUAGCCCACUGAAAACUGUACAUCAGUCUGGUUCCCCAGUUUGACGACCAAAAGGAACCUAACUGAACUCUCACUAGUGAAUUAUACAGGUGGGGGGCCUUGGUGCUGGAGACGCGUGUACGGCCACAGCAGCUGCUGCACAGAUGUCCAGGCAUCCCCAGUCCCAACUGGAGCUGCUUCUGCAGGCCUUUGGAAUGACAAGCUGAGGAUGAAAGUCAAAAGAACAGCAAGGAACACGACCACAACGACAGAGAAGCAGAGAGUCUUGUUAGCCCGGCAGAUGGAAGCCCGAAGAGAAGAGGCCCAAGAGAAGAAUCUGGUACACCUAUAGGGGGGAAAAGGCAUAUGAGAUGUUGAAUUUUAGUACUUUAGAACUCCAUUUUACUGGCAACAUAAUGUGCAAAUGUAGAUGUGUAGCAACUUGGUAUGUUGUAGCACAUGCUGAAAAAGUUCAAACUUGUACUAAAGAAAUCCAAAUAUCUUCACUAGAUUAAUGAAAAGCCAUGCAGUGAGAACCAACUAAAAAUGUGAUUAAUUU